GCGCCGGGCACUGCCCACAACCAACAUGGCUGCGGCAGCGUCUGGCGGCGGGACGGGCAGCGGCAUGGUGGGGGGCUGCUGGCUGCUCCUGCUGCUGGCGCUGGGCCGGGCAGCCCCGCCGGCCGGGAUGCUCUACCCCCGGGAGACCCCGUCCCGGGAACGGAAGGAGCUCGGUGGGCUCUGGAGCUUCCGCGCCGACUUCUCGCCGGGCAGGGACGCCGGUUUCGUGCAGCGCUGGUACCGGCAGCCGCUCCGGCAGACUGGUCCUGUGAUUGACAUGCCAGUGCCCGCCAGCUUCAAUGAUAUCACUCAAGACCCCAGCUUGGAGAACUACAUCGGCUGGGUUUGGUACGAGAAAGAGGUGCUGCUUCCUCUCCGCUGGCUUCAGGAGGAUUUCAACACCAGAGUGGUGCUCCGGUUCGGCAGCGCCCAUUACUACUCCAUUGUGUGGGUCAAUGGAGUGCAAGUCAUGGAGCACGAAGGGGGCCAUCUCCCUUUUGAAGCAGAUAUAAGCAGCAUUGUCCAGGGCAGCCCAGGGACCCCCUGCCGCAUAACGGUUGCGCUCAACAACACUCUGACACCGCACACUCUGCCUCCGGGGACAAUUCAGUACAUGAAUGACAAAACAAGGUAUCCCAAGAAUUAUUUUGUACAGAACAUCAGGUUUGAUUUCUUUAAUUAUGCUGGAAUCCAUCGCCCAGUUGUGCUUUACACCACUCCUUCUGUCUACAUAGAUGACAUUACCGUGACAACUACUUCAUCAGACAAUGUUGCAAUGGUGCAGUAUCAGGUGUCGGUUGUUGGCAGUACACUGUAUUCCUUGUCUCUGAGUUUACGUGACCAAGAAGGGAAAGUGGUUGCUACAGGCGAUGGGCCAGCUGGAGUGCUCCAAGUCCUGAACCCAAAUCUUUGGUGGCCUUACCUGAUGCAUGAGAACCCUGGAUAUCGCUACUCCUUAGAGGUGAAAAUGCAGGCGCAGGUGAACGGGGCCUUGCUGGAGGACUUGUACACGCUCCCGGUCGGCAUCCGCACCGUCCACGUCACCAGCACGCAGUUCCUCAUCAACGGCAAACCCUUCUACUUCCACGGCGUCAACAAGCAUGAGGACGCAGACAUCCGUGGCAAAGGCUUUGACUGGCCCCUGGUCAUGAAGGACUUCAAUCUGCUGCGAUGGCUGGGGGCGAACUCCUUCCGCACCAGCCACUACCCCUACGCCGAGGAGAUCAUGGACCUGUGCGAUGCCUACGGCAUCGUGGUGAUCGACGAGUGUCCGGGAGUGGGCAUUAAAAUACCUGAGAGCUUUGGGAACAAGUCUUUGCAGCAUCAUCUUGUGGUGAUGGAGGAGCUGAUCCGCAGGGAUAAGAACAGGCCAUCGGUCGUGAUGUGGUCAGUAGCCAACGAGCCGGCAUCGGAGCUGCUCCCAGCAGCUUACUACUUUAAGACACUGAUAGCUCACACUAAAGCUCUCGAUCCCUCCAGACCAGUAACCUUUGUGACAGAUGCUAAUUACGCUCUUGAUCUUGGUGCUCCUUACGUGGAUGUAAUUUGUGUAAACAGCUACUUCUCCUGGUAUCACGACCCAGGCCAUCUGGAAGUUAUUCCACUACAACUCACAGCACAGUUUGAGAACUGGUAUAAAACCUACCAAAAACCCAUUAUCCAGAGUGAAUAUGGAGCAGAUUCGGUUCCCGGACUUCACAGUGAUCCACCUCUCAUGUUCAGCGAGGAGUACCAGAAAGCCCUGCUAAGAGAGUACCAUUCCGUUUUUGACAAAAAGAGGAAAGAGUAUGUGAUUGGGGAGCUUAUAUGGAAUUUUGCUGACUUCAUGACUAAUCAAGGGACCACACGUGUUUUGGGGAACAAGAAAGGAAUAUUUACCCGCCAACGACAGCCCAAAUCAGCUGCAUUUGUUCUUAGAGAAAGAUACUGGAAGAUUGCAAAUGAAUCAAGCUGUCUUCCUCCUAUAAUAAAAUCACAUACCCUCUUUCUAAAAUGAAAUCAAAAGGUAUAGUGGCUGGCUACUAGGCUGAACUUGUUCAUUAAAUUCCUGUUUAAAUAAUAUUUAUGCCUGACUAAAGUCUUGCAAGUCUAAUGCAAUUUCUAGCCCACUUGAAAUAGUUACUAUGAUACAAAGCAGAUCAGAAACACUAGUUUCCUCACUUAGUCAUGUCUGUAGGCUUCCUGUUUCCAGGUAGUAAAAUGAGUUUCAAGGAGCUGAAGUUAGAGAUUCUGACUGAGGUAUCUGUUUAUGGCAAAACCAAAAAAAAAGUCACAUGAUACAAAUCAACACUGAAGACUUAAAAAAAUCCACGUUACUCUAAAUGAACAUCACACCCCUCCAAUGCAAGUGAGGUUUUCCAGUUAGACUCCCCUAACAGCUACACUACUCAGAUUACAGCAAAUUGUCCACAGGAUUACACAAGAGCACAAUUUAUAUUUAUAAAGCUUCUCUUGCUGGACAGAAUGUAUGUGGCUGGCUGAGAAAUUCUGAGAGUUCGCAGCGUUCAGGAAGUGUAUGAACCACCCAAUACUCCAAUACAGUACAGAAUUCAAGCUAUAGCAGCAAAGUGGAAUAUGUUAGGUAGGUAUUUAUUACAACUGAACUUUGCUUAAACCUAUUUUAGUCACAGUACCAGAACUACCGCUGUUAGAUGCGGUUUUACCUUCCAGCGUGGAAGAGCUUCCUUCAUAUUAAAUUGUCACUAUGCGCUACAGUAAUAGUAGCCUUGAGAGCAAAUUUGAUCUCAAACGUUUUGAUACCAGCCUGAGAUAUUCUGGGGUAGAGCGAUGUGUAAAUUAAUGUGCGCAUACUACUUCAGACAGUAACUUAGUGUAGUAAGGUCCCGUUUGGGCUGCACACCAGUUCUAGGCCAGGCUCUAGGCUGGACUAGACUGUGCCAGUACUCACAGAAGAGCUUGGAACACUUAGUUUGCAAACGUCUUAUUGCAACGUCCCAGGGUGGGCCAGGAGCAGCAUCACCUGUAGUGGAACCACAAGACUGGAGGCUGCCUGCUGAAUCUUGGCACAAGUAUGUAGUUUCAUUAUUCCAAUUCAUGGACAUUGUGUGAAACUGUUCCUACAACUACUACUUCUCCAACUGGCUCUUCUGCUAGUACCUCAAGAAAAUACAAAGAAAAUAUUUGCUCUUUU